GAAGUGUACUUCGCCAAUAAGGGUCUCCACUCCCGGCACUCGCCGGUCACUCAGGGCUGUGCAACUUAAGUGGAUCUGAGCCUUUGAGUUUCUGGAGACCCGCAGAAUCAGCUGGAACUCCUAGACCGGCUUGUUCCGGUAGCAGGUUAAACAGGUUGACCUUGGCUGCUCCUCUUUGCACUCUGCAACCCCUUGUCGAAGCAGAUGAUGUCGUGGGCUGCUGUCAGUCUGACAAGGACAGCUGCCCGAUGCUUUCGUGAGCGAUGCCUCGGGUUCCGCUUGGGUCCUUGGUGCGCCUCCCAGCAGGAAACCCCCGGCUGCGGUCCAGCACCACACAGGACGCUACGUGUCAGCGCGGCGGUCUCCGCGGGACACAAUAAAUGGUCUAAAGUCCGGCACAUCAAGGGCCCCAAGGACAUGGAAAGGAGUCGAAUCUUCUCUAAACUCGCUCUCAGUAUCCGCCUGGCUGUUAAAGAGGGAGGCCCCAACCCUGAGAACAACAGCCACCUGGCCAACAUCUUAGAGGUGUGUCGAAGCAAGCAUAUGCCCAAGUCAACUAUUGAGUCAGCACUGAAAACAGAGAAAAACAAGGGCGUUCAUUUGCUGUAUGAGUGUCGAGGUCCUGGUGGCUCUUCUCUGCUGAUUGAGGCAUUAUCAAACAGUGGUCCCAAGUGCCAUUUGGACAUUAAAUAUAUCCUGAACAAGAAUGGGGGAGUGAUGGCCGAGGGAGCGCGCCAUUUCUUUGACAAGAAAGGAGUGGUUGUGGUCGGAGUGGAAGACAGAGAGAAGAAAGCUGUGAACCUGGAGCGCGCCCUUGAGCUGGCAAUCGAAGCAGGAGCUGAGGAUGUGAAGGAAGCUGAGGACGAAGAAGAAAAGAACCUUUUUAAAUUUAUUUGUGAUGCCUCUUCAUUGCAUGAAGUGAGAAAGAAACUGGACUCCCUGGGCCUGUGUUCUGUGUCCUGUUCCCUGGAAUUCAUCCCCAACUUAAAGGUGCAGCUGGCUGAGCCUGACCUGGAGCAGGCUGUUCACCUCAUCCAGGCUCUCAGCAACUAUGAGGAUGUGAUUCAUGUUUAUGACAAUAUUGAAUAACCAGACUAUGCAUGUCUCCAGGCUCUUUGCUAGGUUGCAUGAGCCUAUGCAGAAAAUUGGAGGCUGCAACACGUGGGCACCUAUCAGAGACCUGGUGCUAUAACUUACAGGCCUCAGAGAAAGGAACUCUUAGCUCUGUUGGUGUCACAGGGCAUCUGGGAUACAAGGUGAGACUAGCCUGCUAGUCUGACUCUCAUCUCAGGUGACUGGCCCUUGUCAAGAUUUUAAGUGUCUUGUGGUACUAUAGAGUGGGAAGUGAUCAUCAGUAAUAACAGCUGUGAUUGGUUUUUCUUGGAUGCUGCAUUGCUGGUAUGACUCUUGAGUUGUCCCCAGUUUGUGUCCAGGUUUUCAAUUUCUGGACUAAUGUUCAGGCCCAUGUGCUUAUUUCUAUACUUUAAUAUUAAGAUUGUCCUUUUCUUUUCUUUUCUUUUCUUUGCUUUGCUUUGCUUUGCUUUGCUUUUUGCAAUAGAAAUGUAACUGUUCUGUGUGGUUGAAUGCUGACCUAAUGACCUAAACUUUUUACUCGCUCAUGCAGCUAAUAUUUCUUGAACAUUGUUCUUUACAAGAAUUGUGCUCUUCCAGAGAUCAGGCUGUUCAAGUGAUGCUUAGAUCUUACUCUGAGAUGUAGGACCUCAAAGGAAAGACACUCCACAGGCUGUACCCAUGGAGCUGUCCCAGCGUAGUGUGGAUUAUGUUCAUCUUUUUUUCUUCAUGUAGUUUCUGUUCCCUUUUCUGGCUGAUUAUGGCUUUAGUGCCAUAGGAAGUCAGGUGUCAGGGAAGGGGCCUCCUCAGGACCUACUUUGACCAACCCCUGUGUGCUCUGAUAUUGAUAACAAUGGAGCUAUCAGCAGAUGGGGUUGUUCUCCUGAAAGGCUUGUAACUAACCUCGAUUUGAAAGCUUGAGGACCUCAGAAGGCCAUUUUUAGCUCUUUGCAGUGGUGCCAGAUGAUAGGAGCAGCAAUAACCAGAGGGAAACGGACAAAAGGAAGAGCGAUGGCUGAGCCAGAGCCUGGCCCUUUGUACCUUUGGCUCUGAGCAGUCACUUCAGGGUUUCGAAGGUCUAGCAGUGUCGACUGCUGUGCUGCGGUAUAUUAAGCAUAGUGAGUCUGGAAUGGCUUUUGAAUCCAGGCCAUCUACCAACUUAAAAGUUGUUCAAGUCAGUUCUGAGCUCAAGUGACUUUUUCUGAAGGAGCCUUAGGUAAAGGACUGUGGAAAGGACCUAAUGCUGUGAAAGACACUUUAGCUUCUGGGAAAGGACAACUGGAAAGCCAGGGAGGGAAAAACAAAGCAAAAACAGAACAGCCCAAGAUCAUCCAAAGUGCAUGCCCUUAUGCCUCAUAUCAAAGACAUAGUGCUAACCAGGAUUUUUUUUUCAGAUUUCUUUUCUUUUUUCUUUUUAAUUAAAAAUUUCCACCUCCUCCCAUGUCACUCCCUCUCACCCCACUCCCCCUCCCCCUCCCUCUCCAGUCCAAAGAGCAGUCAGGGUUCCCUGCCCUGUGGGAAGUCCAAGGUCCUCCCCCCUCCAUCCAGGUCUAGGAAGGUGAGCAUCCAAACAGACUAGGCUCCCACAAAGCCAGUACAUGCAGUAGGAUCAAAACCCAGUGCCAUUGUCCUUGGCUUCUCAGUCAGCCCUCAUUGUCUGCCAUGUUCAGAGAGUCCGGUUUGAUCACAUGCUCCAUCAAUCCCAAUUCAGCUGGCCUUGGAGAGCUCCCAUUAGAUCAGCCCCACCGUCUCAGUGAGUGGGCACAUCCCUUGUGGUCCUGACUUACUUGCUCAUGUUCUCCCUCCUUCUGCUCCUCAUUUGGACCUUGGGAGUUCAGUCCAGUUCUCCAAUGUGGGUCUCUGUGUCUAUCUCCAUCCAUCGCCAGAUGAAGGUUCUAUGGUGAUAUGCAAGAUAUUCAUCAGUGUGGCUAUAGGAUAGGGCCAUUUCAGGUGCCCUCUCAUCAGCUGCCCAAGGAACAAGCUGGGGACAUCUCCUUGGACACCUGGGAACCCCUCUAGAGUCAAGUCUCUUGCCAACCCUAAAAUGGCUCCCUUAAUUAAGAUAUAUACUUCCCUGCUCCCAUAUCCACCCUUCCUCCAUCCCAACCGUUGAAUUCCCCCAAGCUCUCCUCAUCCUCCCCUUCUCACUUCUCUUUCCCCAUCUCCCGUUACCCCCACCCCACCCCCACCCCCUAGCUCCCAAUUUUUGCCUCUAACCAGGAUUUUUUAGUUUUGCUGGGGACAAAUCACCUAAGUAUCUGAAUUAGGACAUCACCAGAAUGGGAUAACUUGAUGUUGAUAAACUGCUUUAUAAUUGAUAAAAUAUGUUAUUUGAUUUUACAACAAACCAAUAAAAUAGAACAAGGGCUGAGGGGAGUGGCUUAGUAAAUAAAGUGUUUGCCACGUAAAUGUGAGGACCGGAGUUCAAAUCCCCAGAAGUCAUGUGAAGCCUACAUAGAGCAGUGUGUGUGUUAUUCCACUGUUCCUAUGGGAAAGUGGGGGCUAAGACAGGAGAAUCCCCUGAAGCUCGUGAGCCAGCAAAGAAGAGACCCUCAAACAGGGUGGAAGCUGAACACUGACACCCUCUCCACACACGAACCAUGGCACAUGUGCCCAAACAUACACACAAGCAUACUGGCAUGUCAUAUACACCCAUGUGCACACAUACAUGCACAAAAAAGAUUUGAAUAAAAAAGUUACUUUAUGUAUAAGUUAUCUCACACCUAGGGCUGAAGAGAUGGCUCUCAUUUUUUUUUCUGAACUAGGGCACUCAUAUAUGCAUGGCAUACACUCACAUAGACACACACACAUAAAUAAUAAAAAAUGAAAAUAAAUAUCAUGAAAAAACAAAGCCCUCAAGUUAUCUUGUACCAAAUGAGGAAGAACGGGUCUAAUAUGGCAUCUUAUGUUGAUAGUGCUUGCGUAUAAAAUAGCCCUGGUUUAGAAAUGUUGAAUAUAAACUAAGCUGAAGGAAUGUGACCAUUUCUCAGCUGAAACCUGAAUGAGGGGCGCUGUUCUUAAAGGGACCCGUAGGAACGGGCCUCAGCCAGUCUAGAAGCAUUUGUUUGUUAAUCUGGAUUGUUGUGGAACCAGUUUUCUUACCCCAGCCGCAGCUGCCUGCUGUUCUGUCUGGUGAGGCGCCUGUGAGGGUGGCUCUGCACUGACCCCUGGUGGUGCCCUUUGCGCUCCUGCAGUUCACAAGGAAAAGCAGAAACGAACAGACUUGGGCCUUUCCUGCUGUUUCUGGAUCUAGUUGAGACCAUGAAAUACAAAUAAAGAUAGUCAUAGCCGUACACUGUAGCUAAGCACAAGAAGUCAACAGGAUUGGAGGACACAUAGUAAAGACAUUUAAGAAGAGAAAGAUUUAUGAUAAAUAGUCUGAUUUUCAUCCGUAUAAAAGUAAAUUUUGUAACAAGGGCAUCUGUGUUUCAAGCAAGAAAGCUUAGAGUUUUCCUUGGUAUAUUGUCUUUGAAAUUUCACAUGGUUAUCAUGAAGGGGGUUGCCAGGAAUCUCAGAGUAAUAAUAAAAGUUUGGGCGUGGGCAGGCAAAAGUAUGGCUCUUGAUAUUGCAUGGAAAAGCCCCAACAGUCACUAUAAAAAAGUUGUCUUUCUGAAAAUACUCUAUAUCAGCUGGCUAUGGUGACCCACACCUGAAACCCCAGCCCUUGGAAGGCAGAGGUGGGAGGAUUGCUGAGGGUUUAAGGCUACUUGGUCUACAUAUGGAGUUCCAGGCUAGCUGAGCUACAUAGUGAGACUUUGCCUCAACAAAACCAACCAACAAACAAAAGAAUAUUUUAUAUCAUAAAACGUUUAAAAUAUAAUAUUAUAUAAAGAUUCAAAGUUACAUCUAUGUUGGGCUAGGGAGUAGCUCAGUGGUAGAACAUGUGCUUAGCAUGUGUGAGGUCUCUGAGUUCAGUCUCUGGCACUAAAAAAGGAAGCAUAAGUACUAGAUAUAGUGCAACUGAAAUUUUGAAAUAUUUAAUAAUACUAUGUCAGAGUUCUGCCUGCCUCUGCCUCCCAAAACGCUGGGAUUAAAGGCAUAAGCCACCACCACCCGGCACCUCCCUAGUGAGUUCAAGGCCAGCCUUCUCUAAAGGUCAACACUAGGGAGACUAUUCAGAAGGAUUUAGAGUUUGAGGUUAGAAAACAAAACCAAAAGCCAAAAACUAAAACCGUGCUCAGAUUAUAGCCCAACUAGGAGACAGACAACAUCUGGAAGUCUGAGCAUAAGGGUUUUUGUUUUUAUUUUUUUAAACAAAACCAGGGUCUCAUUGUAAAGCCCUAGUUAUGCAGAACAUAUGGGACUUGAACUUCCUGCCUCUGGCUCUGUGUGCUGAUUACAGAUGUGAGCCACCACACCUGGCUCUGUAGUACCUUUAUGUCUGAAAAUCGGGGCUGGGAUGACUUACAUCAUCUUAUCUUUGAUCACUAUCUUAGUAAUACAAAGUUAUU